AUGGCUGCCAUUCCCCCGCAAGCCCGCUCCAAGCAACUGAGAGCAUGUCUGCUAUGCUCUAUUAUCCAAUUACCUGCCGAUUUCCGAAGAAAUGGGUGCCCAAACUGCGAGGAGAUCCUCCAGCUCAAAGGCAACACUGACAGGAUUAGUACCUGCACUACGACGUACUUUGAAGGAGUCAUUGCUGUCAUUGAUCCUGAUAAUAGCUGGGUGGCGAGGUGGCAGAGGACAUCGAAAUAUGCGAGAGGGAUGUACGCUGUUAGGGUGAAGGGCCGUGUUCCUGAAGACGUUGAAGCUGAAUUGGAAGCAAGAGAUAUCAAGUAUCGGCCUCGAGACCAGACGGAGACAGACUAG